CCCCUGGCGGCAAGAUGACCCGAGCCAGCCGCCCGAUGACUUCAUGCUCGACUACUUAACCUUCAACUUUGCAACUCUACACCGCCAUCUCCAGCCCCUCAAAUCAUCUCGCCAUCACAUCAACUAACGCCUCAUACCAUCUCCGAACACACCAAUUCAUAUCACAAUGGCCGACGCCCCGAGCGCCAAGCGUCAAAGAUCCUCCAAGGACGUCCUCUACGAGCUCAUCUACUGGCCCGGUAUCCCCGGACGAGGCGAACACAUCCGCUUGCUCCUCGAGGAGGCCGGCGCCCAGUACACCGACACUGCGCACGCCGAGGACGGCAUCAAGACCGUGCUGGCCCAGAUCGACGGCAAGAACCUGGGCGACGACCUCAACCCGCCGGCGCUGGCGCCGCCGAUCCUUAAGCAUGGCGACCUACUCAUCAGCCAGACGCCAAACAUCCUGCUGUACCUCGGACCUCGCCUGGGACUGGCGCCCAAGAUCGCCGAGGACGACGACGGCAUCUACCGCGUCAACGCGCUUGCGCUGACGGCGCUGGACGGCCUGAGCAACGAGGCGCACGACACGCACCACCCCAUUGCCACGGGGCUGUACUACGAAGACCAGAAGGAGGAGAGCAAGCGCUGCGCAAAGGAGUACAUCGCCAACCGCCUUCCCAAGUACCUGGGUUACUUUGAGCGGGUGCUGAAGGGUAAGGCCAGUGGGGAAGGGCCGUGGCUCUACGGGGGCUCUUUGACGUACGCGGACUUGGUGCUAUUCCAGUGCAUCGACGGCGUCAAGUUUGCCUUUCCUAAUGCCCUCAAGCGGCUCGAGGGAAGCGGUGACUAUAAGGGCGUAUUCGAGCUCUACGACGCCGUCAAGGAGCGUCCCAAGAUCAAGGAGUACUUGGCCAGCGACCGUAGACAGAAGUACAGCCAGGGUAUCUACCGCCAUUACCCAGAGUUAGACGAGGAAUAAGGGAGGUAUAAGGAAAAAGGCAAAGCUCACUCCUCCGUGAUCAGUGACAACACAGGAAGCAUCCUCGAGCAUGCCACUGGGAGGGAGAGAAGUGAUGAACAGCUCAGGGCGUUCAAAAUCUAUAUAUACGCCGUGGUGCUGAAAGACUGAAAGAUCUAUGGACCUCCUUAGCGAUACUGCUUGUGUCACAUCCUCAGUCGUAUCAAUGCUUCAUGUUGCUAUGUUUUUGCGCUUUCUAUAAGAUGCUGGUCUCUUAUUGCCGACCUUCAUUAAUAGUUUCUGAGCGUGUUGCAGUUCUAUCGGUGCUUGUAUAUACAGGCUUUAAUUAAAUGGACGAGAUGGGAAGACGAAGAGAUUGAAUAAACUACGAAGGAAACCCUCAGGCUCCGAACAGAAAUUCCUCAAGUCGGACCCAUCUAUCUUUUGACUAGAGAGCCCUGGACCGCCUACUGAGUUUCUGCUCACCGAGCCAGAGAGAGU